UUGGCUUGGUACGCGUACGUAGAUUGGUGUUGAGUUAAGUAUACAACGUUUACGAAGUUGUUGGUGCAAAAGGUGUGCGCAGAGCGGCGGAAAGUGUGCAAGAAAGCAAAGCAAAGCAAUUAUUGUAUGCGAGUGUGUUGAACGGGCUGGCCAGGCAUCCGUCCAACGUCGACGACCAUUUGUUUUACAAACGUGUAAGUGAGUGAGUGAAGUGGCAGCACAACAGGGAAAAUAGUAACGCAUUAGCUGGCGAGUAAAACAAAGUGCAUUCGAGCAACGGACGACAAACAGCAAGGAAUGCAACUGCUUCGCGUUGCAGUUGUAGAGCGAAAAAUAUUUAAGAUUUCGUUUGAGUUUUGAGUCUACCGAACAAAUUUAUAUUGAAAUAAAUGCAUUUAUUUUUUUAACCUGUUUCUCUUCAAGAUACUCAUAUUAAGUUGAAUACGUACAAGUUUUUAUGCUAGCCUACGGAGAUUUGUUUUAUUUAUUUUGUUCUUCAUCACCGGCGAAAAGUGAAAAGUGUAGUGAAGAAAAAUGAAUAAUUUUACAAAAGCUGAAGCAUUACCAAAGAGUGGACAUGUCAAUGAAGUGUGUAAAGAAUGGCUGGUACGUGAAGACAGCGCGCUCGCCUAUAAAUUGCAAUCACAAGAAAUAAAUGACUUCUACAAAGGCAAUCGACAGCGAAACGCUGUGGUACGUGAGGAUUUUCCCACCGCUCUGAAUGAGCAAAUCAAGGAGAAGGAACAGGCCGAGCGGCAAGUGGAGAUGUAUCGACGUCGACUGCUCGAACAGGAAGCAUAUGAUAAGCGUGUAGCGAAGGAGAUCGCCGAAAAGUUGGAACGUGACUUACAGGAACAGAGGCAAAGAGAGUUGCUGGAGAGCGAAGAAAUGGCGCAGCAGAUGCAGGAGCUCUAUGUGAAUUUGCCGCCACCAAUGCGCGGAAAGGCGCAUGCGCCACCGCCACGUCCAGCUAAAGCAAGUAUCUUGCAACAGAAUCCAAAUGAACCCUCAACAUCGAACGGUAGAUAUUUCGGUAGUAAUAGUGGUAGUGGUAGUAGUAGUCAGCAUUCGAGACAUCAUCAGCAUCAACAACAACAACAGCUAUCACAAUCACCACAACAGCCACAGUCACAACAACAAUUGUCGCCCACAUCAUUUCUAUUGCAACAACAGCAUUUCUCACAAACUGAUUGUUAUGUAGGCCUAACGGUACAAAAGACAUCAUCACCUAUAACAACCACAUCAGCAGCAUUGUCGUCAUUAGCAAAUGCAGUAGAUUCACCAUCGCCACCAACAUCUUCCACACGCCAACACAACAGAUCACAACUAAAUGCACUGAGCAACAGCAACAGCAACAGCAGCAGCGGCAGCAGCGGCUCAUCUGCUGGCGGUCACUUGUUGCAUCAGCAUCAACACUCCUUGUCAUCCAUUUCGUCAGCUUCAGCUGCAUCGACGUCAUCCUCUUCAGCAGCAGCGGCAAUGACUUCAGCAACAGCAGCAUCCUCAUCGGUACAGACAUUCUCAUUUGCACAGCCACAGCCACCACACCAGCUCAAUCACUUUCACUCACCAACAGCACAACAACAACAACAAAAACGCAAUCCGCUCGAAGCGUCACACCCACCAACACAUGCACCCUACACUGACCAUUCUGCACCACCACAACCACAACCACAUACAACCCACCAAUCAACGCCACUAAGCCGGCAGCAGCACCAACAGCCGCUGCAUCAACGUCAACAUUCAGUCGAAGAAUUGAUUGAAUAUUCUGAUGCGGUGGACAGCAUAAGGCAUCUUGAAAAGUGUGCUGCUGCUGGUGGCGGUGGUGGUGGCGCUAGUGUUGACAGCUGCACAACUGAAUCAUCAUUGCACAACACUUUUGGUAGCAACAAUUCCAAUUCACCAAGCGGCGCUUUAACCCAUCGCUUACAUUCGGUGUCAAAUGAGAAUUUGCUAAGAAAUGAACACAAAUUUCAGAAACUCUCACCGGAGAAAUACGAUCAGCUGGUGGGUAAUGAUGCCGCUGGCGGUGGACGUGCGGUUGCGUGUAACGCCGUGGCUGCUGAGCGGCAUAUGCAAGCGCACGCCGAUGAUAUUGAGCUGUAUGUGGAUCCGUGUGAUUAUGCGAGUUUGAAGGAGAUCGGUUUGCCCAUGGAAGAGAUCAAGGAGAUGAGCAAGAAAUUGAAGCAGGAACAAAAAGAUGAGUUGCUGGCACGUCGACUACAGCAAAUGGAGGCGCAUGACGGGCUCACACAAGAGGAACGAGAUCGUCUGAUGGCAAUCGAAGCGCAGGACAAAGAACUAGCCAAAAUGCUGCAAGAGCGUGAGCGCUCCAAAGCAAAACGUGCCAAAGAAAAAGCGCGCCUACGCAAGCAUCAACAAAAGGACGGUGCGGGCAACACCACACUAUGCGGCUCAAAUGGCAGCUUCACGAAUGGAAUGCAUUGUGGGCCACUACUGCCGCUGCCACAGGACUGCCUCUCCUUUGGCAAACAUUCAACACAUGCUGCGGCAGCCUCGCAAACAGCCGCUGCCAACAGUUCACACACGAACGCGCAUCCAAGUGCCCAAAGUGGAAGCGUCCUGCAAAUGUCAGUUGAGGAGGAGGACAUCAUUGACGUGGAGGCGUACUCGAAUCCCAUUGAUGUGCUGCAUAAUCAGCAGCAGCUGCAGCAGCGUCAACAACACAAUGGCACACUGACCAAUGGCAGUUUGACGCGUGAGGGUGGACGACGCAGCGCGAAUAGUCAACAGAACGCUGGCGGUGGUGGCGGCCUCCACAACAAUGCUAUGCUUAAUCGCGUCGACGAUGAUAUCUAUACGCUGCCAGUGGACAGUUGUCGGCCAGGUCAGCGACCCACUUCGCUAAAUAUUAGCGCGAAUGGAGAAGCGCAACUGUUGCAGCACAAUUCGAUGACCAGAUCAGAAAACUACUCCAUUGAUUCGCAUGAUUCACUCAACAGACAUGAGUUAGCGCCACGCAUGAACUACUCGCAAUCGAGUACUUUUGGUAUAUAUGUAUUUGAACAUAAAAGCUCAAGCCCCACACCGCCUUAUAUGCCGAUUCAAGGUACGCGCCGAUCAAAUUCAAGCGACGAUCGUAAAAAGAAGUCCAAGGACAAGUGUACGCAUCAAUGAAAUGUCCAGCAAUUAAGCAAAUUGCUCAUACAAAUAUAUACAUAAAUGUGCAUAAAUACAAUGUACUAUAUAAUCUACUUACCUACAUAUCUUGGUAUGGAAGUGAAACUGCAAAAAUGUUAUUUAUACAUAUAUUUAUUAGUAUACAUAUAGCUGCAUCUAAUCAUCGUUUUUCAUACUAAAUAAUUUAAUUUGCCCUACAUGUAUAAAUUUUAUAAAAAGCUUACAAAGCACACAUAUUUUCGAGUGUGUUUAUGUAUGUAUGUAUGAAAAUCAAAAAUAAACCACUCAUUGUAACUUUGAAAUUCAUAUCGAAAA